AGCCUGUUCAUUAUUCGUUUGGCAGCCCGAGCUUCCCGAAAUCUGUUCCUGCAUCACCUACAGAGUCUCCCCUACUCCGUACAAAGCAUCCACCUAUUUCUCAAUAGUGACGUCGUUGCUUUUCGCUGCGUCAGUGCCAAAAAAAAUCACCCAUUGACAGUUUGGUUUUACCCUGCGGAAGUAUCUAGGUAGAGCUAUCACCACCACCAUCGUCAUCAUUCCACAAUCUUCCGUUCUUCCAACAAAAACCACCCAUAGCUGCUACCUACCUUUCUACCAACCUACUCAGCUGCUGGCCACGUCUUUCCCAUUACCUUCUCCUCCGUAAUACUACGACAAACUACCUACCUGUGCAUCCUCAAUAGCUACUUCUAGCUAUACUUGCCCUACUCUUCAACCCUCAUCGCCACUCUUCUACUCACCCUCACCGUCGCAAACCACCGCAACCGCCAAAAUGGUGUCGCGACCACUUAACCUCAUCCUCCGAGGGACGGAGUUCGUCUUCACCCUCAUCACCAUGGCCCUCAUUGGCAACGUCAUUGCCAUGGCCUUUGCCGGUAACCCGUCCCUCAUCAACUACGACAUCUUCGUGACAGCCUUCGCCAUGCUGUCUCUGUUCUAUUUGAUCCCGGCCGCCUGGAGCGACUCCUUCCAAGGUCACGCUCUUCUCCCACUUCUCCUUGACGCCUUGAACGUCCUCUUCCUCUUCUGCGCCGCCGUCGCCACGGCCGCCGAGCUGGGUGCUCAUUCUUGCAGCAACAACUCAUAUACUCUCCACAAUCAUCUCACCAACGGCGCGCAUGACCGCGAAGGUCGAUGCCGUGAGCUCCAAGCCUCGACCGCCUUCUUUUUCUUCACCUGGGCCGCCUGGUCAGCCUCUCUGUUCUUCUCGGUCUUGGGCUCUCGCGGCAGUGGUGUCAAUCUCAGAGGCAUCCGUGGAAGAGGUGGGCCCGCCAUGUCUCAGGUGUAAUAGCAGUGAAGCAGAGAGAAGCUGGAACGGAAAAGGGUAACUUUACGCCAUUUUUCUUCUCGGACCAUCUGCAUCACGUAUGCUCCUAGACGAUCCUCGUUUUUCCAAAGCACCCCAAAAAGGCUGACUUCUUUGGCAGUAUGAUUUAUUCCCACCUCUGACGAUGACCCUCCCCCCCGACGACAAACCUGCAAUCCACCGCACAAACAGGCUGAAACUGGAUUUCACUCACAGCUGGCUUAAUCUUCAAGACAAAUACCCCCACCGGCGCUUUUCGGCUCAAUCUGUUCUGGCAUAUGCUGGUCAUGCCUAAUCACUGGCGUCGAACCCAACAGUUGUUCUUUGCAUUGCAUCACAUCUCGGCCAUGGCCGCGUUUUGUUUUCGAAUGGCGUUGAUUUGUUGUUCUUCGUUGAAAACCCUCCCAAAACACCAAAAAAAGAAAGUGCGAGAGAGAGAGACACAGAGGGAAAGAUCCAAGAUUGCGUGCUUUAUGAGACGAUGGAUAUGUUAUUGUUUUUGGGCCCAACGAGUUGGGACCAUGUAUUGGCUCGACUAGUACUAAUAUGUGUAUGCUAUCUUUGAGGUCGAGGUUUGACGAGUUGUGUGAAAAACGAAUCGCACCGCAGCAUCAUCGUGUGUAGCUUGUAGCUUGUAACUACCUACCUAGAUUGUAGUUGGUUGCUUGUGAAACAGGUUAACUGCGAAAAUGUUGCAGAUGUUGUACUCCGUGAAGGGUAUCAUGCCCGUUUUAGUGCUCGCAUUCUGUUCACCAUGGCGUUGUACUUUUGUGUCUUUUUCUCACAAGGUAAAGAAAUGCUUGAACCACAUAAAAUAUACAUUUUUUUUGUUCUCUGGACCUGUC